AUGCAAUUCCUCCACGGUCUAAAGCCAGGAACCGGAGAAUAUAACAAGUUCUUUGAGGAAGGAAUAUUCAGUUGCGUAGGAUGCAAGACUCCUCUGUAUAAAUCAACCACAAAGUUCGAUCCCGGUUGUGGCUGGCCAGCUUUCUUUGAAGGACUUCCCGGUGCCAUAAACCGAACCCCUGGUCCAGAUGGGAGAAGAACUGAGAUCACUUGCGCGGCUUGCGAUGGACAUUUAGGCCAUGUUUUCAAGGGUGAAGGCUACGGUACUCCCACCGAUGAACGCCAUUGCGUCAACAGCGUUUCCAUCAUUUUCAACUCGGCAAAAUCUUGA